ACCGCGAGAAAUGUCGCCUUGGACUUUCGCUUAAACCGCUACAAAGUGAACACGUAAAAUUUUGAACUCGAGUGAAGUGAAGUUUAAGAACUUUCAAUGAACGCAAAUUUAAACCCAGAUCCAGGAGAACAUUCUGGAAUCUUAAAAGAAAUGGACUACGACUCACAAACAAAUAGAAGACCUAGAGAAGAAAGUGACAAUGAAGAAAACCCAGAUCCCAAACUUGCCCGGAGACACGAAGCCGGAGAAACUUUGAAGAAUUUCAACCACCCAAGACAGACAACAGAAUAGCUCAGAUCUACCACCAACUAAAAGGACUACAUUCUGAGACACAUGAAGAUAUUUCUACAGCGAACAAAGAUAAUUGACUACAUAUAAGCAUAAAGAAAAUCAGAAGAAAAGGAUCCAGGGGAUAUAGACAAUAAUAUAGUCUAAAACCCUGUAAAGAGGAGAAGAAGAAAUGUCGCCUUAUUUGCGUGUGACACAUGAGGCGGAAGCCGUUUAUCGCCGCCAGGAGCGUCAGCAGGAUUAUUAGCCACGAGGAGGAGUGUUAUGGCUAGUGAAAAGGGUGACUUCGACUGCCAUCAUGGAUAAUGUACAUUUGAAAGCAACAUAUCAUGGUAACUCAUUGGAAUCCAUCGAUAUGAAGGAUGAGAGUGUGGAUGCCAUCAGUCAGGGUAUCAAUGAAGAAAUUUUUGAUGUUAUACAUGAAGAGACUGCUAUCUAUAUAAAAACUGAAGAUUCAGGUAAUGUAAAAAGUGAGAAACCAGUGUUUGAAGAAGUCAAAAGUCUUGGCAAAGAAGCAGUUGAAUGUAACUUGGACAUUUUGGUGUGUGAAGAUGUAGAUCCACUGUUAUCUAAAGAUUGUGAGAGUAAGUGUUCAUCAGAUGGUGUUCAGGAAAGGGCUGAAGAAGCAACACAAGAAGUCGGUGCAAUUGAGAAACAUUUCCUUUGUGAAGUGUGUGGCAUGAAAUUCUCUUGCGAGAAUGAGUUGGUGGAACACUUGGCAAUGCAUACGAAUGGGAAGCUUUUUAUAUGUGACAUUUGUCACAAGUCAUUCUCUCAAAAAUCUCAUAUAGUGUGCCACAUGAGAGUACAUACAAAGGAAAAACCUUACAUUUGUGAGUUAUGUAACAAGGCCUAUUCUGUAAAAUCAACACUAGAUGGUCACAUGAGAGUACAUGCAAAUGAAAAGCCUUAUAGCUGUAAAGUAUGUAGUUAUUCCUUUGCUUGGCAAAGUCAUUUAUUGAGACACAUGAGAAUUCAUACAAAAGAGAGACCAUAUAGUUGUGAGGUUUGCAAUAGGGUAUUUGCUGAUGGCAGUAAUCUUUCAAGACACAUGAAAACGCAUAGAAAUGAGCGGCCUUAUGGUUGUGAUUUUUGCAACAAAGCUUUUUCUCAGAAAUGUAAUUUAUUGGCUCACAUAAGAACACAUACAAAGGAGAAGCCCUUUAUUUGUGAAGAAUGUGGAAAAGCAUUUUCACAGAAAAAAGGUUUAGAAGAACACUUAAGGACACACACAAAAGAGAAGCCUUACAGCUGUGAAAUAUGUGGAAAGUCAUUUGCUGUGAAAUCUAGUAUGAUAAAGCACCAAAGAUUACAUACAAAUGAAAGACCCUAUGGUUGUGAGAUUUGUGCCAAGAAAUUUACUGCAAAAGUAUGUCUGGUAAGACACAUGAGAAUACAUACAAAGGAGAGGCCAUAUCAAUGUGACAUAUGCAGCAAGUCUUUCAUUACAAGUGCAAAUCUAGCAUACCAUGUGAGGGCACACACAAAGGAGAGGCCAUAUACCUGUGAAGUAUGUAAUGUCUUUCCCCUAUAA